GUUUUAUAUUUAAAAAUAAAUAAUAAAAAAUUAUUUUUUUAUAUAAAUUUUAUUUUAUAAUUUUAAAUUUUAAAUUAACCUUAAAUUUCUAUUUUAUAAAAUUAUUUAAAAAACUAAUUUAUUAAAAUUUUAUAAUGAAAGUAUUGCUAAUAAUUGGUCCAACUGGAAUUGGUAAAACUAAUCUUUCUAUUGAAUAUUCAAAGAGAAAUGAUAAUUGUCCAGUUAUUGUAUUGGAUAGAAUUCAAUGUUAUUCUGAAAUGUCCAUUUUAUCAGGCAGACCUAGUGAUUUAGAAUUUAAAGGUAUUAAUAGAAUUUAUUUAUCAAAUUUAUAUUUAAAAGAUGGUAAAGAUAUAAAUAAAGAUUUUUUAAUGAAAAGAUUAAUAGAGAUCUUAAACGAUAUAAAACAAUCAAUUAAAAAGUCUAUUUAUAAUUCUAGUAGUCAAAUUUCAAAUUCGAAAAGUUUUGAUUGUAUAAUAGAGGGUGGAUCCAUAACACUAAUUAACGAAUUAUUUCUAAAUCAAGAAAAAUAUUUAACAAAAAUUGAUAUCUCCUCAAUAAUUUAUUUAAGACCUGAGGAUUCUGUAGAUAAUCAAAAAAAAUAUUAUUUAAAAAUUAAAAAAAGGGUUAAGGAAAUGUGUUUUCCUACAGACAGUAGUAGUGAUUCAAUGAUUAAAGAGGUACAAAGAAUUCUGAAAUCAAACUCAAAUUGCCCCAGUAUCAAAGAUAUUUUAAAUUUCUUGGUAAAGGAUGUUGCUAUAAACAAAGUAAUCAAUUACAUUGAAUAUGUAAAUAGAAACGGUACCCAAAAUGAUAUCAAAUUAAAUUCAAUAAAUAACACAUUAAUUAAAAAUAUUACAAUGGGUCAUUAUAAUUAUGCAUAUUCCCAAGUAAAGGUUUUUGAUAGUUUAGUAAAAAAUUUACCAUCCAAUAUAUAUUUAUCCACAAAAAAUAUAUUAAUUUAAAAUAAAAAUUAUAAAAAUUUACAUUAUUAAUCGC